AUGUCCACAGGCAGGCCUCCUAUCACAACGCGCUGGACGAUUCUCGAUGAUUCAGACGAGCGCAUCCAAUAUGCUGGCCCAUGGUUGGAUGUCGAUGGAACGCCAUUUGAUAAUGUUGGGAAUUUCGGACCAACGUACGGUGGCAAAAUGCGGGCGACGGCGGCGGCCAAUGCCACUAUUUCCCUCAAGUUCAAUGGCUCCGUCGCACCUCGCGGCGAACCAGGCGUCCCUCAGCGCGUUAGAUGGGAAUGCCUUAUCGACGGCGAACCACACCUCGGCUCCGGGACCUUGAGCAAUAACGCUGGGGACACCUCCCUCAACAACUUCGCUAUCUGCGAAGUCGACAGACUCUCGCCUGGGGAACAUACCCUUGGCUUGAAUGUUACCACGAAUGAGGACCACUUUUACGUCGAUCGCCUGGGGUAUGGAACGGCGAAUGGGACCCUCCUCUCGGGUGAGCGGGUUAUCCAAGUGGAUUAUACCGACCAGCAGAUUCAAUACACCGGGAGCUCCUGGGCGACGUUCAUGAUGCCCAGACUUCCGUCCAGCACGUACGCCGACCAACCUGGUUCAAGCGUUUCGUUCAGCUUUAAUGGCUCUUCGAUUGCCUGGUACGCUGCUGUUGAAAACGGCUCCCUCAAUGCGUCUCAGGGAAGUUACCAGCUCGACACUGAAGCCCCUGUUCCCUUCAACAUUCCCGGAAACUUCAGCGCGCGCCAGUUCUUGAAGUAUUUCGAGACGCCUGAACGCCCAGCGCGAUCGCACAGAUUGACCGUCAGAUACACCGGGAUUCCUGGCGCGAUGCCACUCGCCCUCUCUCACUUCGAGGUCACCGAUAGUCGCGUGCCCGUCAGAACCUCCACCCUCCCCAUCAUACCCUCCACCUCUUCAGCAUCCUCAACAGCCUCGCCAACGCAAACUGCGCCAUCAAGUUUAUCAAACGAGAAGAAAUCCCUGGUUGGACCUAUUGUGGGGGGUGUCGUUGGUGGUAUUGCUUUCUUAUGCAUUUUGGGAUUCAUUGUUUGGUAUUUCCUUCGCCGACGCCGCCAGAAUGCUCUCCAGCAGAAGAACCCAUUCCGCUCUACUCUCUUGGCAGAACAAGUAAAGGGUCGCUGA